UUAAACUUGAAUCAAGAGAGGAGGAAAGUUUUCUCAGACGGGACAGCGUUGCCUAGCAGCUGGGCAGAGGACUCCUGCUACUUGCCUUUAUACAGUCACCCGCAUAUCGAGGAAGAGCGGAUAUCUCCCCUCUCUGUCGCCCUCUCGCAGUCCAUACUGACAAACAUGACCCAGACCGUGACACUAAAGGGACCCUCUCCGUGGGGCUUUCGGCUGGUGGGAGGACGGGACUUCAGCACACCGUUAACCAUCUCCAGGGUAACACCAGGCAGCAAGGCAGCCCAAGGUGACCUGUGUCCAGGCGACACCAUCUUGGCCAUCAAUGGCGACAGCACAGAGCUCAUGACACACAUGGAGGCUCAGAACAGGAUCAAAACCUGCACUCAGCAGCUCACACUUAACAUCAGCAGGUCGGGAUCAGGAGACAGAGUGUGGUCGCCAACAGUUAGUGAAGAUGGCAAGACAAGCCCUUACAUGGAGCCUGACUCACAGAAUUUCCGUCCCAUCACCAGUGGAUAUGUUGGCUCCAGUCGCAAACCUUCAUACACCCCUGAACCCCAGAGCCCACAGGCUCCUCAGUAUCAGCAGGUUCCCCAUUCCCCGCAGGCUCCCCAGCCCACUCACCUGAAUAACGGACACGCCAGACCCAACAACGGCCACAGCUAUGGAUACGGAAAUGGAACCGGGCACGCUCAGUACAACAACCCAGCAGGACUUUAUUCCCACAACGGCAGCAACGGAGACAGAUCUCUGCCAAGCAAGAUGGGAGGCCUUAGCCUCAGCGCCACACAUAGCCCAGAGCCUCCAACACACUCCCCUGUGGGCCGUAAUGGUUUCGACCCACACUCAGACGUCUACAAGAUGCUGCAGGACUACGAGGAGCCUGCCUCUGCACCCAAACAGUCCGGCUCCUUCAAAUACCUGCAGGGAAUCCUGGAGGCUGAGGAUGGAGGUGUGUCCCCAACAGAGAGAAUGAGAAACUUAAAGUCUCCAAUCAGGUCUCCAAUUCCUAAACUGGGAAGCCCUGUCCCCAGCCCCAUGUCCGGUCUGCAGAAGUUACCCCAGUGCACACGCUGCUGUAAUGGCAUUGUUGGCACCAUCGUGAAGGCCAGAGACAAGCUGUACCACCCCGAGUGCUUUAUGUGCGAUGACUGCGGCAUCAACCUCAAGCAGAGAGGCUACUUCUUCAUUGAGGACAAUCUGUACUGUGAGACCCACGCCAAGGCACGCGUCCAGCCCCCAGAGGGUUACGACGUUGUUGCUGUUUACCCCAACUCCAAGGUGGAGCUCGUCUGAGACGGAGAAGAAGCUGGCUAUACUCUAAUAUAACUGGGAAACUAAAAUCUGGGAGAAGGGGCUACUGAGUAUCGUGGCCUACAUUUAUCAGGCUCUGUCAAGCAGGAAUGCCGAUCUUGGAUCAGUUUUGCCUUUGAGAGAGCCCUAUGAAAUGUGUGUUUCAGUGAUCCAAGAUCAGCAUGUCUCCACUGACAGUCUUGAUAAAUGGGUAUAUUGAGCGCCUGAAAUAUGUUGACAGAUAUCAGAAAUACUCAAACCCAUUACAAAGCUGACAUUAUAUGUCCCACCUUUACAGCCCUCAUCUCUCAAUCAGUGUUUACAUUGUCUUCAUCUGAGUAAAAAAUAUUGAAGCAGUUAAGGUCAUGUUCAGAUAUGACCUUGAAAUCCACAUAACAAGCACAGAAUAUUACCAGAAUGAGUAACACAUGAGUUUAAUACCAGCAUAAUAUUCAACGUCCCAUGACAACCCUCACUCAAGCCUUAAAAUAACUACACUAGUGUGUGUGUGUGUGUGUGAUAUGGGUUAUCACAAGAGAAUUUUAAGUUGAUUGGUGUAAUGAACUUUGCAGAGAACUCAGUGGUUUUUCUACCUUCUAUUUUUUCAUUUAACUAUUAUAAGGACAGUUUCCCAUGCAGCAAAGCACACUACAAGUCAGCCAAAUGAUGUGUUGUUUUAGUUUCGGUAAAGGGUUUAAAGGUUUCAGUGUAUUUUUAACUAUGUUACAGUUACACAUUAUACUCCUGUUGCAGAUGGACUUCUGCAUUUUGUAAUUUACAUCUAUACAGUUCAUUUUUCAGACUUUCUAUGUUCAUUUCUACAAACAUUUCUGUUUGACAGAUACUUUUUCUGCCUACUUUUCAGUUAUGGGAAACAAUAAGCAAUAAUUCAUUAUAAGCAGAUCUCUUAACAAGUGUAAUUGUGAGUUUCUGGAAUGUGUUUCAGUAUGCCUUGGUGAAUGGGGUUACCGAACUAUAAGUUAUAGUAAACGCCUCCGUAUGCAGCUAUCAAAGCACUUCCGUCUGAAAUGUAAAUAAAACCCAGCAGGUGACAUCCUCAGAGUCAUGUGACGAACUACACUCUUAGAAAUAAGGGUUCCAAAAGGGUUCUUACUGAGACUAAUGCUUCAGUUGAAAGUUGAAUAAGGGUUCUUUGUAAGACUAAGGGUUUCAUUAAGGUGCCUUUUUAUCCAAAGAACCCUUUUUGAAAGAAAGACUUCUUCAAGGACUGUUGAAAGAUCCUUAUACUCAAAUCUGGAAUCCCCAUAAUCAACUCAUUUUACUUGUGUUCUGCCAUAGUGGAUAUCUUCACCAUCUUUUUAUGCCAUACAAUAUGGCAUGGUCUGGCGAAAUCCAUUUUUCAUGUGUACCCAGUACUUGGAGUUUUGUAAUCAGUUCCAAUUUGGAACCCAGUUUUGGUUCCCAACCCUGCACCACUGAAAUAGUAAGGGCUAUAGUAGUUGUGAUCUCACGAAAUCUCCACCCCCUAAAAACAUGAUUAUGAACCCUGACGGUUGUGGGUUGUGCUCGACCACAUCAGCCCAAGGCAGAUGGACGCAGUUCCUUUGGCCCCCAGACUAACCUGUUUAACUAAAACCAUCAUUAGUGGGAGAAAGAUUUAUGGGAAAUGUAGUCAGUUACUGUUUUUAGAGCCUUGCUUGGCGAGUUCUUGGUAAAACCCUUGGAAUAUAAUAGGGUUUUCAGUAGAAACCCUUGGGUGGGUUCUUGUUAGCACCCUUAGAAGGUUCUGUACCCCAAGAGAGGUUUCUGGGUGGAACCAUUAUACUAUAGAAAGGGUCUCUGUAGAACCUCUCAUAGGGAUUUCUGCAUGGAAGCUUUCACAGAUGGUUCUAGGUAUAACCCUUAUGGGGACAAGCUGAAGAACCUCUAUGCUUUUAGGUAACAACUUUAUUUCUAAGAGUGUAUAGAACAUUGUUAAAAUCAGUUAAAAGAAUUUCUCCCAGAUGUAAUCACAACAACCUCAAUUUAUAAACAGCUAAUUGCAAGAAACGAGACUUUAAUGAUGACAUGAUUUCGCCUAAUGCAGUGCAUGCAAGCAUUGAUGACAUUUUGAUACACAUCCACACAAGAUUGUAACUGAAGUGCUCUCCAGCACCUGACUGUGAGAGGAAUUUCAACUCUCACUCAUGUUCACACUGAAGAAUUCCAGUUCAUAAAAACAAGAGCACGGGGUUCACGGGGUCUGUUUAUCAAAAACACUCCAUUUUGACACCAAUAUGCUCUUCGCCUCGCAUGACAACUUUUAAAAAAUGGUCAUGUGCGUUUGAGACUGGAGACACAGCCGUGGAAAACUGUCCACAGCCUUCAACAUGUGGGAGUAAUAUUCACCUUGUUUAGCUUUUUGGAGCCACAACAUAGAUACAUUACAGUUCCUCUUUGGGAGAGAGAAAAAGACAGAAGUUGGAGGGAUGCAUAGCUGUAUUCCCCUCCUACUAUAAACUCAGAUUGUCUGCUCACAGCCAAGUCCAUGAAGCAAAUGAAAUAUACUUCUACAUUUCCUCAGAGAGAGGGGGAACACGAAGGGAGGGAGACGAGAAAGAGAAAUGACAGGACAGCAUGUAUUUUAUUUUCUUGACAGAAAUUCUUUGUGGAAGAAAGAAGCGUGUCAUUAUGACUCCAGUAUGUGGCCAUUAGUCUUGGCUUAUUGUGAAUAGUGAAGUAAAGUGGUUGGAGAAGAGUGAUCGUAUUCUUAAUUAUAGAAAUGUUUCUAACAAAACUACUUUUUUUUAUUUGAAAUGAGAAAAUAAAUUUUGCAGUGCUCGUUCUUUUCUAGAUAUCAACGGUGAUGUGUAGCUGCUGGUAUGCCAUCUAUACUAGUUAUCUUGUAAAUUAUGUGAAAAUUAUAUUGCUACCACGUUUCUUUGGUAUUGUACAUAUUUGUUUAAUCGUGAUUCCUUUAACAUACAGUGCGUAACAUGUUACACACGUGCCUUUGCAUACCCUUUGUCUUUAAAAUGAUUUCCUUGACACAAAUCUUCUUCUUGUGUUUAACUUAUUGUUCUACCAACACGUUUUUGUUUUUGUUUUGUUUUUUGUUCUGGAGCUUCUUUGUUUCUAGGAUCUAAAUAAAAUAAGAAGUGCAUUACCAUGA